CAGCUUCACCGCCAUCAUCGGCAAGCUCAAGCACCUCCAUGCGCGCCGCUCUCCCUACUUCCGUAGUGAGCGUGUCCCACCGCGACGCGCUCCAGGCCUGUGGCCAGCAUGCCCGCUUAUGGCUCGCCCGUGCCGAUGAGCCGAUCCACCCUGGCUCCUCUUUUACUUAUGGUGCGGUGAGGGUUAAGCUGGACAGGAUAAUGGCAUCAGACUACUACACAACAACUGCAAUUGGUGGGAGCUAUGGAGCUGAAGGUGUGCAGGCACAGGAGAGUAUUACUAUCUCACCAGAGGCACAUUCAGUAGAGGAGAACCUGGCUGCUGAAGGCCACAAGGUGAAGGGGCAAAUUACACUCAUAUUGUAAUUUAAUACAGUAUAUGCUUAGCAUGCUGCAAUUAUCAUUGCCCUGAAACUGUGUUCUGAUCUUUGUUGACGAUUGAUCUGCUGUAGUGCACAAUACUCCUAGCAUUAUUAUUAUCUGCUGCUGCUGUUGCUGCCGAUUCAGUAGUAAUCAUGUACAUUGAGUGUUGUACGGCGGAGCAUCGGGAGGCUUUCAGUAAACCAAUAGAAGAAAUUCUGCAUUUUUACACCCUAGUCACAACCUGGGUCUUAACGACACACAAGAGGCCCAACUUUAAAUGCUGAAAAGCAAGAACAUGAGUUGCGGCUUCAACUGGCUUAUCCACAUGAUGAAUGUGACCAUAUGUUACACAGAUGAGUUCCUAUCCUUCUCUUUCUUGCAUUUUUCAUCGAGUUGAAGUUUCUUCAUUGUGUCUGGUGACUAUGAAAAAAUAUGUUUAUGAGGAAAAUAUUCAUGUUUUAAUCAAAAGACUAAGUAGAGUAGAUAAAAUUACUCAGAUAUCUGAUGUAUCUUGGCAAACCCCUUGUUUUUAAAUAACAUGUAUGCUAGUAUGUAGAUGUAGUUACUUGAAACAGAAAUAUAAGAUGAAUUAGCAUGUCAU